AGAGGAGGGAAGGGACCCAAAAAAAAAAAAAAAGGAAAAAUUGAAAAGAAAACAAAGCGAAAAACGUUCUCUUACAGAUCUGCAAUCAUCUCGGGUGCGGACGUGGCCGUGGCCGCAGCCGCUGGUAGCGUUGGUGACGACUCUGGGCGGCGAAGGGGAAAUAAGAACUCAGAAGAGGAAGAGAAGAUUAGAUUAGAUUAGGUAAAUAUGCAACAGAGAAAAGCUGCACUAGGACGGCCGUCCGGCACCGAUGGAUCGGAUUUCUCUUACCGCAUGGUUGUGGAUCCCAGGUAUACGAAAGUUGCUCAGGGGAAGUCUCGACUCUAUGUGUUGAUCGUCAUUCAGGCUGUCGUUCAACUGAUUGGAGUGGUUUUUGCAUUUUUACUUGCAUCAGAGAAGAAGGUUCCAAACAGUCUUGCCGUUUCAUCUAUAGCAAGUGGUUUCAUUUCUGUCAUCGUUGGAGAAUUAG